GGCCCCGCCGGCGGAAGCGGCGCCGGGCACUCAUGGCGGCGCUGGCGCGGGCCCUGAGCUGCCAGGCUGCAGUGACCCAGUGGACAGCAGGGUGCCGUGGGUUGCUGCAGACCCCUGCAGUCCCGGGCCCCUGGAGGUGGAUGCUCUGCAGUGUUUUUGAGAGGCACAAGGCUGGCACCUUCCAACUCUCUAAAUUCUGCAGUGGAUUGAUUCAAGCCAAUGGAGCCAUCACACAGCAGAACAGAUCCUUUUACAAUACAACUAAGCAUCUUUCUGCAAAAGAUUACUUGCUGCCAUCUGACGAAAAAGUGAGUCCUUUUACAAGGAUAAUGGAAGCAAUGGGGUUCACAGGACCACUCAAGUACAGCAGAUGGAAGCUGAAGGUGGCGGCGCUGCGCAUGUACGCGUGCUGCGUGGAGAAAACUGACUUCGAGGAGUUCUUCAACAAGUGCCAAAUGCCUGAUACUUUGAAUUCAUGGUUUCUAGUAGCCCAGCUUCAUGUCUGGAUGUGCCUGGUGCGGCUGAAGCAGGAGGGCCGCACGGGGAAGUACAUGUGCCGCUACAUCGUGCACUGCCUCUGGGAGGAUGUUGAACAGCGUGGGAAGGUGAUGGGGAAGUUUGUUUUUCAGAUUAAUUCUACUAUUCUAAAAGAAGACUUGAAAAGGAUGGCAGAAAAUUUCUAUGCCGCUCUCUUUGGAUAUGAUGAGGGAAUCCUGUGUGAUGAUCGUGUUUUGGCAUCAGCUCUUUGGAGAAACCUCCUUAACAGGAACUGUGAUGACCCUCGGCACCUGGAGCUGCUCGUGGAGUACGUGCGCAAACAGGUGCAGCAUCUGGACGCGCUGAGCGGGGAGGACCUGCUGCUGACGGGCGAGGUGAGCUGGCGGCCGCUGGUGGAGAGCAACGCCCGCAGCAUCCUCAAGCCCCUGGGCCCCGUUUACAACGACGAAGGACUCUGAGAUCCACGUGCCAGAACAGCUUGGGAAGCAUGCCUGCAAUGGGACUGGGCUGAGGCUCUUUGGUUGGGAAGAACAGUUUGCUGUUGGAAGGAAAACAUUUCAUUAGCUCUCCCAUCCGUGGUGCCUCGGUAGCCUCCCGACAGCCGCCCUCCUGAAUCUUCACCUGCAAAUAAAUGCUCAUUGUUUUAAGAACCUCUGUCCUUUUUAUGGACCCAAGUGGCCCUUGCUGACAAAUGGACAGAGCUGCCUUCUGCCUUUAGGAAACCAGGUAUUCACAAUGAUGUAGAGUUCUCUCAGAAAGACGUUUCUGUCCCUUGCCUUGUUUAAAGAGCUGCUGCUCAGAGACACAGUAGUGCCUCUGCUCCCUAAAUGGUUGUAAUUGUAAAUCUGAGCUUUGCAUAUUUAGAUAUUAAGUAUAUAUUUUAAAUGUCAGAUACCAAGAUGGAAUGGUCCAUCUUUGCUUUAGUGGAGUUAAGAAUUGCUUUAACAUUCUGAAGGGUUUUCUGUGAAAAUCCCUUUUAGGAACUCUCCGCUUUGUUGCACAAGGGUGAGAGAAUGCAAAGAAAAAUGCACAGUCCCCAGCAACCCUCUGUGACGUUGGCUGUCUGAGGGAAAUUAAAGGCCCAGUUGUGGCUGGGCUGGCACUAAAAGCUGCCCCAGAACCUGAUGUUCAGUCUGCCUUGCUGAUUCUUCCACAUUCUUUGUAGAAUUGUCUUUUCGGAACUCCUUUAUGAAAAGAACAUCCCUGUUGUGUCCCUGGGACAGGACUCUGCCAUCCUCCAUCCCCCAAAGCAGUGGUCCAGGGGUUUUAGCAAGAUCCUUCAACACCAGUGAAAACUUUCUAUGGCUGUGCAGGCAAAUGGUGCCAAGACAGUAAUUAGGGGAGCAGGAGCUGCACUGAUGAGAUCAGCAGAGGCCGAGGUGCUCUGUGUGGGUGGAUGGUUCACCAGGCUGUUUCCAGGUCAGUGGCAAAAAGAGUUUUUAUUUCUCUCCUGUCCAAAAUCUGAGUCAAUAAUAAAUGUCAGUCUGGGUUAAA